CUGCUAUUUCUCUCUCACUCUCUCUCUCUCUCUUUCUCCAUAUGUAUAUAUCAUGUAAAACACCCUAAAAACCACAGAAAUUCGGCGUUACACAGCAUAGCGACUCUUCUACAUGGCGCUGUUUGGGUAUCUGAUCCCUAUUGCUCUACUUUUUACCCUGUGUUUCGCGGAAGACCCUUUUGCCAACUACGAAUUAGAGCUCUCUUACAUCACUGUUUCUCCACUGGGCGUUUCUCAACAGGUUAUAGCAAUUAAUGGGAAGUUUCCAGGUCCUACUCUUAAUGUUACUACUAAUUACAAUGUUGUGGUAAAUGUGAAGAACAAAUUAGACGAAAAUCUCCUCAUUACUUGGCCUGGAGUCCAAAUGCGCCGUUCUUCUUGGCAAGAUGGCGUUCUCGGCACAAAUUGCCCCAUCCCUCCAAAUUGGAACUGGACCUACCAAUUUCAGGUUAAGGAUCAGAUAGGUAGCUUCUUUUAUUUCCCUUCUCUCAAUUUUCAGAGAGCAGCUGGUGGAUCUGGAGCAUUUGUCAUAACAAACCGAAAAAUUAUUUCACUACCUUUUAAUACUCCGGAUGGGGAUAUUGUCAUCAUGAUCGGUGAUUGGUAUACCCGCAACCAUAAGGAACUUAGGACAGCCCUUGAUACUGGAAAAGAUCUUGGAAUGCCAGAUGGAGUACUCAUUAAUGGGAAGGGACCUUAUAGAUACAACACUACUCUUGUCCCAGAUGGCAUUGGCUAUGAAACCAUUAAUGUUGACCCAGGCAAAACUUAUCGAAUUCGUGUGCACAAUGUUGGAGUCUCAACUUGUUUAAAUUUUCGAAUUCAGAGCCAUAAUCUGCUUCUAGCUGAAACAGAAGGUUACUACACAUCGCAACAGAACUUUACUAGUGUAGAUAUCCAUGUCGGUCAGUCUUACUCUUUUCUGGUUACCAUGGAUCAGAAUGCCAGUAGCGAUUACUACAUUGUAGCGAGUGCCAGGUUUGUCAAUCAAUCAUUGUGGCAAAGAGUGACAGGUGUUGCUAUCCUGCAUUAUUCUAAUUCAAAAGGGAAUGCGGCUGGUCCUCUCCCGGACCCGCCAAAUGAUGUUUAUGACACAUCAUAUGCACCGAACCAGGCAAUGUCCAUCAGGCAAAAUGUAACUGCAAGUGGAGCUCGGCCUAAUCCGCAGGGUUCUUUUCAUUAUGGCUCGAUCAAUGUGACUGAUGUGUACAUUCUAAAGAGCUUGCCACCAGUUAUGGUUGAUGGGAAACUUCGAGCCACAUUUAAUGGGAUCUCAUUUGUCAAUCCUGAUACACCAAUAAGGCUUGCUGACCAGUUCAAUGUGAAGGGUGCUUACAAGCUUGAUUUCCCAAAUAAGCCACUGACUGGACCACCACGGAUGGACAGAUCCCUUAUUAAUGCUACAUAUAAGGGAUUCAUUGAAAUCAUUUUGCAGAACAAUGACACAGUAGUUCAAAGCUUUCACAUGGACGGUUACUCAUUUUUUGUGGUUGGGAUGGCAUAUGGAGAAUGGACGGAGAACAGCAGGGGUUCAUACAAUAGAUGGGAUGCAAUAUCCCGCUCCACAACACAGGUUUUCCCUGGGGGAUGGACGGCGGUAUUAGUCUCUCUUGAUAAUGUUGGAGCAUGGAACCUAAGAGCAGAAAACCUUGACAGAUGGUAUCUAGGCCAGGAAACUUACAUGAGAAUUAUCAAUCCAGAAGAUAACAACAAAACAGAACUCCCCGUGCCGGAUAAUGUUCUUUAUUGUGGUUCCCUAAGCAAUUUGCAAAAGCCGCAUAAAACCACUUCCUCUGCAGUAUCAACCAUUUGUUCACAAUCAAAACUGUACUUCUCACUGCUCUUGGCAAUCUCCGUUGCCAUUGCCAUUUUAUGCUAAGCUUUCCUUCGAAUUGGUGAGAACAUUGCAAUCUUAGAUGUUGCUAGCGACCUGGCUGUGUUGUAGGCGGGUUGUAAUUGAAGAGGUUUUGGUUGAGAACAUUUUUCUAGUUGCAAGUGCUAGGUUUGCAAAGAGAACAUUUUUGUACAAUGUUUUGCUCUUAUUGUUGACAUGAUAAGGUAGGUAGGGAUUCAACCUUUUUUUUC